GCUUGCCAACAAUAUCGUGUCAGACGAGCUAAUAAAGUACGAAAAAUAAAGACAACAAUAGUUAAUAUUCUUGGCAAGAUAGCUAUAGAUGAUAUUCCUAGGCAGAAAGCUUCUAAGAAAGAAAAGAUGCUGACCCUCGUGAUAUAUAUAUGUCAUAUUAUAACUGAAGUAUUUAGAGAUCGCUAUUCAAAGCUCAAUCAAGAAUUUGCUAUUGCAGUAAUUGAUAUGAUAUUUAAUCCUACAAUCACAACUACCUCUCUUACUGGAGAUAGUAAUGCUGAAAAUAAUACUAAACAACACUUAGAAGUGUGCAAAGAUCAUUCUGAUAAUAUUUCUGAUAUUUCACAUUCAUGUACUCCCUCUUCUACGCAUUAUGACAAUGAAUGA